AUGAGGCUCCAGUUGGACCAAUUCGGUCAGAUCAAGAACUACAUCCACAUGGGCCAAGGGGUUAUCCUCUUCCUUGCUUGGGUUCUCACAAUCGCCUUACUGACAAGGCCGGGCACGACAGAUGGUCGAGUCGGCUGGUACUUUGCCUUGUGUUGGCUCACGAUCCCCAUCCUGAUCUACCUUGUCAUGGUCCCCAUGUGGUCCCGCGCUCGCCGCUUCUCCAAUGUCUAUGCGUUCGCCGCACUCGAUUCUCUGGCCGUGGUCCUCUGGCUGAGCGCUUGGGCUGCCGUUGCCAGCUACGUGUCUGCGGGGAAGGGUAAAGGGAAAAGCACAGACAAGAAUGCAACAGGCUGCGAUAACUUCAAGUACGGCAGUCCCGGGCGUUGCAAGCUGUCGGAAACCGUCAUCGUGUUUGGCGUCUUUGAGAUGUUGCUGUUCAUCGCGACGGCAUUCAUCUCGUUCCGGGCCGUCAUGACAUUCAAGAGAACGGGCAUGAUGCCCCAGAAUCUCCCGGGUGCUGGGGGAAAGAGCGACUUUUCUGCGCAGACGCAAAAUGACUUCUCGAGCAACAUGCGGACUGACGAUGAGGACUUCGAUGAGCGUCCAGGUGUGGGUGGAAGACAGGAAUAUGCAUACCAGAAGCCUUCCCUCGAUGACUCGUAUGCGCCGAUUCGCCAGAGCGAUCACGACAAUGACCUCGCACAGAUGCCUGCUGCGCAGCCGACCAGUCCACUGAACCGUACCGGGUUGGGCAUUCAGGACUACAACACGAGUUACAACCCGGGGGCGUUCAAUAGUCAGAGUCAACCGAUGAUGGCAGGGCGAUAA